AUGGACUCUAUUCCCCAAUGCUGUGUUCCACAGCAGUACUCUACAGACCAAGUCGGCGAAGUAGCACUACGAGUUUUAAAUAACUAUAAGAACAAGAUAAAGAAUAACUUGUCGAAUCGGUAUGUGAUCUCGUUAGCAGGUAUUCCGGGAUCUGGGAAGUCGACAUUUGCUGAGAAGGUGACCAAAGAGCUCAAUGGUCUAGAUGGAGAUGUAAAGGCUGUAGUACUUCCACAGGAUGGAUUCCAUUUGUAUCGUGCCGAGCUUCAACAGCUUCCUAAUGCCGAAGAAGCCGUUACAAGACGUGGAGCUCCGUUCACGUUUAAUGCGAAUGCAUUUGUAGGAUUAGUAGCGAAGCUUAACGAUCCCCAGUACUUGGUGGAAGCGAUCCAGGCUCCGUCUUUUGAUCAUAAGUUGAAGGAUCCAGUGGAGAACGACAUUCACAUUGGCCCAGACACUCGUAUCAUCAUUGUCGAGGGCAACUAUGUCUCUCUCACCGACGACUACUGGAACCGGAUCAGCGACUAUGUUGAUGAGACAUGGUUUAUCCAGACUCCAAUGGAAAUAGUCAGAGACAGAAUCGUGAAACGCCAUCUUGAUGCUGGAAUCGCCGCAAGUCACGAGGAAGCGAUCCAGAGAGUAGAUGGCAGUGACUUGGUCAACGCCCAUUAUGUGUUGAACCAUUCCAAGACCACCGACGUGGUUAUUAUCACCGAGAGCAUAUGA